AUGGACAUCAAGUUUUGCAAGACCAACCUUCUCAUUGAGCACAAGGAGUUGGAUGGGAGUUCCAAUUCAAUUGGGCAUGAGGAUGAUUUGCGAGAAGAGGAGCCUGAGCUCGAUCGAGCUGAGUCUCGAGCUGAGGAUCGAGCUGAGGAUCGAGCUGAAGAUCAGGUCCAGGAAGUGCGGAUUUGGAGGAUUGGACUUCUCCAAAAGUUCAACAAAUGGCAAGGGAAAGCCAUUGAGAAGAUGCAAAAGUCCAUGGACAAGAUGGUGAGCAAGAUCAAAAGUUUGGAGAAGAAGGUUUCUGGUUCUUCAAGCAAGAAGAAGAAGUCCAAGGCCCCCACAUUCCCUAGGAGUAGAUCUCCUCACCACUCCAAGGAGGCUCCCUGCCCAAGAGCCUCACAGAGCCUCUUCUUUCGAGCCAAGGGAAGGAGAAGACAACACGCAGAGAAGGAGGAAGACUUCCAAGGGACGCUCCAACUCGCACCACCUGAGACUCGUCUCCAGAGGACUCGAUCGAGUCGGUCAACUGAGGACUUGGUCGAGCUAGAUUUCACAACGGGUAGAAAGAGAGUUCAGAGGUCACAGAGGGUACAAGGGGAACCUGAGGUGCUUGUUGCUGAUACAAUGGAUGUACCAGAGGGGAAUGGAAACCCUUUGGGUCAUGGACUCGGUCGAGCUAGGCAAACUCGACCGAUUGGUCAAGGAGAUGCUCCAAACCGCCACCAACAGAGACAAGGGAUUGUUCCACCACCAGUGCAGAACCACAACUUUGAGAUCAAGCUGGGAAUGAUCAACCUUGUCCAGAACAAGAUGUUCCAUGGAUUGCCAAGUGAAGACCCCAUUGACCACCUUGAUGAGUUUGAUAGGCUUUGUGACUUGACAAAGAUCAAUGGUGUCUCUGAAGAUGCCAUCAAGCUGAGACUCUUUCCUAUGUCUCUAGCUGACAAAUCUCACCAAUGGGAGAAGAGCUUGCCCCAUGGCACAAUCACCACUUGGGAUGAAUGCAAGAAGGCCUUUCUUGCUAAGUUUUUCUCCACCGGUCGCACAGCCAAGCUUAGAGGAGAGAUAUCCAGCUUCAUCCAGCGAAACAAUGAGACAUUCGCAGAGGCUUGGGAGAGGUUCAAAGGUUACACAAGUCAGUGCCCACACCAUGGAUUCAACUAUGAAUCUCUACUCUCUACUCUUUAUAGAGGAUGCUUGCCUAGGUAUAGGGAGAUGCUAGACACAGCUAGCAAUGGGAACUUCCUCAACCAGGAUGUAGAUGAUGGCUGGCAACUUGUGGAGAACAUAGCUAACUCAAAUGGAAGCUAUGGAGAAGAGUAUGAUCGGACAACCCGGAGCUCGACCCACCACUCAAUCGAGUUAGACAAAAAGUUGAGAAAAGAUGUUAAGGCAUUGAAUGAGAAGUUGGAUAAGCUGAUCCUAGCUCAGUCCAAAAUGAAGAAAGUCAACUUUGUAUCUGCUGAGGAGAUGGAACCAGUCCAAGAAGGGGAGGAUACACAAUUUGCUGAGGUAUGCUACAUGAGCAAUGGGCAAGGAGGUUACAACAAAGGAUACUAUAACUACAAGUCCAACCCUGCCAUGUCAUACCGCAACACUGAUGUUGCUAACCCUCAGGACCAAGUAUAUCCUCAACAACAAGCAGCUCGAUCGAGUCAGGUGCCACAACAUGGGUAUGGACAAAAGAACAAUUACCAAGGACCACAAGGCACUUUCCCUGGACAACAAAUGAAUAUCCACCAGGCUUCCCCCACCAACCGCCCCAGCCUGCACCUUCACAAGAGAAUGAGCUCAAGGCAAUGCUAA